UUCUGUUUUGUAUGUGUGUGGCAGGCGUAGUUUCAGGCAAGUCUAAGAAAGGUGGAGACUUUCGGGAUAACUUCCUGUACAAUAAUCUUGAUAUCAUUAGCUACAAAGAUAGGUUUGGUUGGCUAUUCAAGCAAAGACGAAUGGCUUAAGUAACGGUGUGCUAAACUUGAUUAUCGGUAUUGAAUUAAAUACACAUAUAGUAGAUAGCAUUCAAGCUGCUAUAUAACUCAAGCAACCGGAUAGCAGAUUCCAAACAUCUCAUAUAUCGAGACGGUCCUGGCCACAUUGAAGGACAGUAUGGUAGAGGUUGUGGUGGAGUAUGAGUACGAAGCCCUCCAUGAAGAUGAGCUGACCCUGAGGCUGGGAGAAGUGAUCAGGAACGUACGCAGGAUCGAGGAAGAGGGAUGGAUGGAGGGAGACCUCAACGGGAAGAGAGGACUCUUCCCUGACAACUUUGUCAAGGAGAUGAAGAAGGAGCCCAAGGAGGUGAAUGUGACAAAAGAGGAGUCCAAGGAGGAGGCGCAGCCCCAGCGGAGAGAGAAGAGUGCAGGGAACGUGGCCAACCUGGUCCAGCGGAUGAGCACCUACGGCAUCCCAGCUGGGGGCUUCCAGCCACACUCACAGCCACGCGGUCUCAAGAAGAGUAAGUCAGAACCUAAGAAGCGGCAGUGCAGGGCGCUGUUUGAGUACGUGCCCCAGAACGAGGAUGAGCUGGAGCUGAAGAUAGGGGAUAUCAUCGACAUCAAUGAGGAGGUAGAGGAAGGCUGGUGGAGUGGAACCAUGAACGGCAAAUCAGGACUGUUUCCCUCCAACUUCGUCAAAGAGAUGGAGAUGAACGCAGACGGACAGACAAAUGACUUAACAGAUGAAGCAGACGCCAGCGGUAAAGAAGCUCUGCUCCCCCCCUCCCCCACCCACCCCUCUCCAGGCAAUGGAGUGAUCACCCAGCCCAAGAAGAUCCGGGGGGUGGGCUUUGGGGACAUCUUCAGGGAAGGCUCGGUCAAGCUAAAGGCCCGCCUGCCCAGCACAGAGGGAGAGGAGAAGAAAGACAAACCGAUCCCAUUAUUACCAUCUGCCGCAAAGCCCGCCCAUUCCAACGUGACAGACUCACAGAAAGCAGAGGGGGACAGCAAAGCAAAAGUAAAAGAAUACUGCAAGGCCAUCUUUGCGUUUGAAGCCACAAACGAAGAUGAGCUGACACUGAAAGAGGGUGACGUCAUACAGAUUUUGAGUAAGGACACAGGGGAGCCGGGGUGGUGGAGAGGGGAGAUCGGAGGUAAAGAGGGGGUUUUUCCUGACAACUUUGUGGCUGUGAUGUCUGACGCAGACAAAGAGCCGGCUGCCACAUCAAGAGGAUCAGUUAAACUGUCUCCCAAGCAGGAAGCAGAAGAGAGACCCAAGAAGCCACCCCCACCAUCAAAAAGCAUAGCUCGCAAACCCGAGGUCCCGUUCGCUGACAAGAAGCCCCUGCAUCCGCAUCCUGAGGACAGAGGUGACAAGACAGAUCAAAAACUGUCAAAGCCUACUGCCCCUCUGGUCCCACCCAAGAAACCUGUACCUCCUCCAGGCAAGGGUAAACCAGGCGUCCUCCCCCCAAAACGACCAGACAAGCCUCUCGCACCCUCCCUAGGGGCCAAGCACAAUGGAGAGGUGCCUUCCACACUUCCAAAGUCCGACAUUGAGCCAACGUUACCCAGCAAACCAAAAACGCUGUCGGGUGACUGGGGGGACAAAGCCCUUGACAUGGACCUGAUGAGCUUUGAUGAUCUGUCGUCUACCUCUGAGAAGCUGUCUCACCCCACCGCUAACAGACCAAAGAUGGCUGGCAAGAGGCUUCCCGCUCAGUUUGGAGGAGGCCACUCUCCAAACAAGGACAUCAGCGUGGAGAAAACCUUCAAGUUUGACGAGGAGGACCGCCCCAAGCCAAAGUUGAUAGACGCGAGAAAGCCAUCCAUGCCCAGCUCACACUCCCAAUCUCCCGUCCUCAAGCCCAGCCCAUCCCUGUCAGAGGGGCUCAAGGCCAGCGCGGCUUCGGCCCCUGGCCGCAGAAGCCCCAGCCCAGGCCCCAGCGCGGAGACAAAGGCCAAGGCAGAGCCAGAGGAGCGGAAGUCUGAGCUGCAGGACCUCAGAGGCCAAAUGAAAGAACUGCUGCUGUCUGUGGAGCUCCUCAAGACCCAGCAAAUGAGAGAGAUGGCAGAGCUGAGAAGCGAGCUGGACGAGGAGAGGUUGAAACGAGUGGCCCUGCAGAUGGAGAUGGAGAAAUUAAAGAAGAUGGUUCAUUCGACGUGAAGUCUGACCCAAUCAGCCUGGAAUAUCAGUCACCUAUCGGUCUGUCUCUAAGUAGAAACAGGAAGGGGACGAUGGCAUUCCUAUAAUACUUUUAGUUAUCAUCAACCUAUUCCACAUUUGUAAGAUUUACAUUUUUGCACAUAUUAAGGUUUUCUAGUUCUAGAAAGGUGUAAUUAAAUACAGAUGUAUAUGUUUUUUGUAACUUUUUUUUUGUUGUUUCUUUUUGUUUUGCCAACACAAACGAUCGAGGCCUUACUAACUACUGUGCUGGACUGGCAGUCUCUGCAUUCUCUAUGGGAAUGUGUGAGGGUUGCUCUCAAUACUACUGAUUCUGUAUAAAGCGAUAGGGGAUUCCUUUUGUUUUUUUAUGACUUGCAGGUAGUUGAUUUUAAAGAUGAUUCAGAUUUUCAGUUAAAGUAUCCAUAUUAGCCUCCUUUAGAUCAUAAUGAAUUAUUGUGAUAUGUCCCUGUUGCUAUAGCAGUGUUGUACUCCAUUGUUAUGGCAUAAGGGAUCAUUUUCUUCUUCUUUUUUCUUUUUUUCUAACAUUCCUAUCCAGGGUAACACUAUUGUGCCUGUUAAACACAUAUUAAAGUGUUAAUAUUGGGAGAUUACAUUUAUCAAACUGUUUAGACUUGCUGAUGAUAUAUAUUUGUAAGUUCUGACAAUGUGCUUAGACAUAUAUUAUAGAGGGUCCUUUUUUAAUUUUGUUCUUCUUGUAAAGGACAUGUCACGUGGAACGGUUCUAUCAGAAAGAGAGUGACAGGUGUGUUAUAUAGAUCAUAUAUUUGGUACCUUCAAAUACAGCCAAUACUAGCGCUACUUGAAAAGAGCACCAGAGGUUUAUGAGAUAAACCUCCAUUUUAUUUCACGCCACCGUCAAAAUUGUGGCUUACUCAUUGAUUGUUGUUAUCUUGCACCAACUCCUGUACGCCAAAUUGCUCUGACUCCUCUUUUAUGAACCAUAUGCAGCUCUCUCUAAAUCUCUCUCUGUAAACAAAAUCAUGUGUGCUUUGAAGAGUGAGCAAUCUCUUUCUAACCUCCCAGAUGAGACCUGAAGUCCUGUAUAGCAGUGACCUUUGUGUUUCCAUGUUGUCCUAAGGUUCACACACCUUUAUACUUGGACCAAGUAGAAAUGUGGAGCAUGGAGGCCAACUGAGCACAUAGUCCAGUACACAGUAUCUCUGCCAUUUCUCAUUACUGUAAGUGAGAGGCUGAAUGGAAAGGCUUUGGGGAAGAGAUCUACUUGAUACAGAAGGGUUAAGCUCUGCACUGUACCUAUGCACAGCCAGCACCACUUUGUCAAUGAAACGUAUGUGAUUGAACUCCACGAAGGACAAAGUGUUUUU